AUUCGCCAAGUGAAACGGCAGGCUCCGUUCGUCCGAUUUCACUGGAACAUUUGCAUCAACUUAAAUUGGUCCUACGUCACGUUCGCAUUGUAAUUUUUAAGCAUUACAUUGGUUUAGGGAAAAUGUCCGCCCCAACUAGCUAGAACGACCAUGCGCUGAGGGAAUCCGGCCGGUAUUUACCUGGCAACUCGGACUCUGAUUUUGUUUCACUUCCAUCAUGGCGGAAAUGGUGAAUCGGGACGUAGGCGAAGACUCUGAUGGAGUGGACAGAGGGGAAACCUCCCACACUGCAGAGCUGGAGAAUGAGGACGAAUUGGAUGAAGAUGAGGACGCGUGGGCCCUUCAGGAGAGUUCUUCAGGUCCCUUAGGCGAUGUGGCUGUCGGAGCAAUGUCGGACGAUGGGGCGGGCGACACGGACGCGACGACGGCGCAGGGCUACGACUCGUACGACUUUCUGCCGCCGCUCCAGCGCCUGGAGAAGUACGCCCUGACGCUGCUCUACAAGAGGGACCGGAACAUGGUCGGGAGGUUGUUCCUGGAGACAUUAAAAUCCGUGGCCGACAACCCCCAUGAUGUUGCUACCGUUAUGUGGAUUUUGUACAACAUGUCCGAGAAUGAAGAUCCUUCGAUCCGUACUGAGCUGAUGGACCACAUCCCCCACAUUGCAAUGCUGUGUCAUUCGGAGAAGGAGAAGCUGUUGUACGUGGUGGACCACCUCCUGCCCUUUGUAGCCAAGCAGCUGACUGAUAAUGACGCUCAGGUUCGGAAGGCCGCUCAAGUAACUCUACUCGUACUAAUGGACCAAUCCCUCGUGGGUCAGUCUGCUGUGGAGGAAAUCGUUUGCCCUGUCGUCAACGUGCUCUCCGAGACGGACCAGUACCCUGUAAAUGCAGUUCAGUUAAUGAGCAAAAUGGCGCCAUUUCUUGGGCGUGUAGCAACUGAGCAGUUAUUUCUGGCCAGAUUUUGUGACUUGUGCCGUAAUAGUGAUAUGCAAGUCCGCAAGAUGUGUGCAGCAUAUUUUGGUGAAUUCUGUGCUGUAGUUGGACAGCCUACAACAGAAGAAAAUUUGUUGUGCAGGUUUGUUGACCUAUGCCAAGAUGAUGUUCCUGGAGUAAGAAAAGCAUGUGCUGAAGUCAUCAUGUCAGUCUCAUGUGCCUGCACUCUUCAAAGGCGUAAGACAGUUUUAGCACCAAUGUUUGUCUCACUAUUGUGGGAUCCUGUGCGUUGGGUCAGAUCGUCAGCAUUUAAAACUUUAGGCCCAUUCAUCUCCACAUUUGCUGUUCCAAGUGUUGCUGACCUUGUUUACAAUGAGAAUGGAGAACUAGUUCUUGUUAAUCGUGAGGGCUGUGAAUUCAGAUUGAAUCCCAAUAUAGAUAGAGGUGAUACAGAUAUGGAAGAUGAUUUAGGAUGUGACACACGGAAAGACAAAACAUUACCCAGAGCUCACAAGAGUCGACCGCCUACUAGAAUUGAAGAUAUAAAGAACUUCGACCGCAAGGGAGAGCAAAAUCUACUUCAAAGUGAGAAUGGCAAUAAAACGUCUGAAGAAAAGCAUCUUGGCUUGGAUAAUGCUAAUGAAAAUAAUCUUGGAAAGACUGGACAAGUUAAUGAGGAAAAUAAUGGUAUCAAACCUUCUGUAGAAUCAACCAAUCAAGAAAUUGUUAAUAACAACAAUAAUCCUGAGAUUGAUAAGGAGAAUCUAGUGGAGUCUAUUGCUAAUUCUAGUAAGCAAGUUACUACUGAUUCAACACUAGGGCCAUUUGUGGCAUGUAUCAACAAUUUCAAGAUAAAGAAUAAUUCUUCAGAUUCAAUGGAGGCUGCGAGUGAAUCCAGCUCUGAUUGUGUUACCCAAGAAACAGAUUUAGAUGAUUUUUGCCAUAGUCAGGGAGACAAUACAAUCGAAAAUUCUUUGGAUCAGGAUAUGAGUAGUACCUCAUCUACUCCUGUCACUACUCCUGAAGAGAAUGAUUUCAAUAGUUUUUAUUUUUGGAGGGUGCCUAUUCCUGAUAUAUCUGAUCAAGAUGAAGCAGUGGAAGAUGGGGUUUUGGACUACCUGACUGGAUUAGUUAACGCAUCCAAUGCUACUGUCGCUUAUCGAGAAGAUGAUAACAGUGACCUGUUUAGUUCGAAGACCUCCGAAGCAGGACACAGACAAGACAUUGUGCCACAAGAACUAGUUGAACUCUUUGUGUCAAUGACCAACCCCCCUCAUGCUCACAUGACUGACAUUGAAAUAGCCCUACACUGUGCCUUCAGUUUACCAGCUGUUGCACUAACGCUUGGUCGAGAGAACUGGGGCUUCUUAAGAGGGACCUAUGAACGUCUUGCUGCGGACAUGCAGUGGAAAGUUCGAAAAACUGUGGCUUGCAGUGUACAUGAAUUAGCUGAAAUUCUGGGAGAAGAACUAACAGCUAAAGACCUUGUACCUAUCUAUACUGGAUUUAUUAAGGACUUGGAUGAAGUUCGGAUUGGUGCCCUCAAGCAUUUAGCUGAUUUCGUGAAGCUCCUUCCUUCCUGUAAGCGGAAAUCUUUCUUAAGUCAAUUUGAAAUGUUCUUGGUGACUGACAAUGAAUGGAACUGGCGAUUUCGAGAAGAAUUGGCUCAACAGCUUCUAAGAAUCAUCCCCCUUUAUACCCCGGAAGAAACUUGUGUGCAUUUGGUCCCAGUGGCUAUUGCCUUAUUACGGGACAAAGUAGCUGCAGUGCGCACCACUGCACUUCUAUUGGUGACAUGUUUAAUAAACCAUGUCACAUCGGAGGGACCCCUUCUGCGUAAACUCUUGCCUCUGUUGGCUCAGGAAUUUGCCAAUAGUACCAGAUGGGAAAGGCGGCAGGCUUUUGCAUUGCUGUGUUCCCACCUUGUGGCCGGACGAGUUUUAGGUGGUGACCAGUUUGCCCGUGAGGUGCUACCAUAUUUACUGGACCUUAGUUAUGAUAAAGUCCCUAAUGUGAGACUUGCUGUGGCCAGAACUCUGGCAUCUGAUAUUAUGGCUCACCAAUUUUUCAGCAGUGAUCAAUCACCUCACCAAGAAGUUUUAAUGCAAGUGCUUAAACGUCUGAUAAAUGAUAAAGACAGAGAUGUAAGAUUCUUUGCUGAUCCUCGGCGUGGGGCUCCCAGUCAAAUACAACAACAGUUAUCCAGUGGUGCCAGUCAUGUGCAACUUCCAACAUGCUGAAUUUUCUACCCGCCUGGGAACAAUUUUUUAAUCAUGAAUUUGUAUUAAUGAAUUUUUAUCAUUUUCUUGUCUGAUUUAUUAUCUUUUUUUUGUAAUUAGGUUAUUAAAAUUGUCUUAAAAUUAUCAAGUCUUAUUAAGAAGUGAUGUUGUUAUGUAUGAUAAAUAAAUUGUUGAAUAUUGUC